AUGUCAUUGGACACGAUGCAGAUUCUUCGGGGACCACCGUCGUGGCGCACGUCUACGCGGUGCAUCGCUUUUGUUUCCUCCGGAUGGCGCCUGGAUCGUCGUUACCUCUGUGAGAGCGACAACGUAUUUUGGCGUCCUCCGCAUCUUGGUCGUCUGCAUGAAGGACUCGAGCUUCGGGGCCUCGAAAGGAUGAGGCGGCUCGACGACGGCCAUGCUCAACGACCGCCUCCGUUCAGGGUGCUCGCGGCACCCGACGGGAAUUACCUGUCACCCACCGCGAUGCCGCCGCCACCGCCGCGUGCACCCGACCCCUACAAGAUCGCGCCCUCCGCCACGUCGUCCUCGAGGGCGCACCGCCGGUCCAGCUUCGUCAUCAUCGCGGACUCGAGGUCCGUUUCUCCGGAGGCGAGGAGUCCGUCGCCGACCUUGGCAGUUGGCAGAGUCUCGCCGUUCCGAGGACGCGGCUUCAGGGGACCACCGCCGCGAUCCAAGUCCAGGCCCCAGUCUCCCGAAACUGGGGACGCUCGUAGAAGAGGAAGGAUCGAACGACGAGUUUCAGUGUCGCAACAGAGCAGCCCGAGGAAAAGCUUGAUUCCCCAACCAACGCGGCAGCGUUCGACGUCCCUCAGCAAGUCGACGGAGCGUCUCUCCUCGCCGAAGCUCAGCCGCCGCGUGGACUCGCGGGCCCGUUUGAACACGACGGAUUCCAGGAAUCGUUUGAACGCCUCCGGAAACAGUAACAGCGUCACGAACCUCGCCUCCCGUCGACAGGCCACGAAGACGCCCAGCAAGCUUUCCCCGAUCCAAGGAACUCCGACGAAGCCGGAAAGAACGCCGAAGUUCACGAAAAGAGACCGUUCGAAGGAAUCCACGAGGUUGUCGCCGUCGAAACACCAAAAGUAUGCCGCGUCUCCAUCGAGGCACGCCUGGAACGCGAAGAAACAGAACCACGAGAAGGGUCCCGCUCCUGGGAAAACGCCGGCCAAGGAACGGCUAACGUCUCCCUCGAAGAUUCCGCUGAAAACGAACAGAGUCAGCUCGAAUUCCUUGAAUCCAGCUAGAUUCAUCACUCUUUCCGACCAGCCUUACGGCAAGAACAAGAAGGCUGCCGAUAAAGGGUCCAAAGAUGUUCGUACGAGCAGCGAACAAACGAACGAGUCCAGUCAGGGUAGCAAGCAGUCUGACACGGGAUCGAAAGGGUCUCAGGCUAGCGAGAAAAAUUCCAGCAGCGAACGUAUCGCGGAUCUUCAUCUGAUCGAUCUUCUGAAGCAGACUUCCAGCGCCACGGGAACAUCCAGCGUGGUGAACACGACAGCGACCACGGCCGUUCAGCCGCUCCACAUCGAUGCCAACGCGGUUCUUCUGGAGAAAGACGUCUCCGAAAGGAGGAACAUCUCUGAAAAGACGAAGAGUCAGCAGGACUUGUCCUACAGCAAAUCUUCCAACUCGUCGAACGAUGACUCGGCCACUAGGCAAACCCAAAAUACCCAGGUCGUCAACGGCGAGGAUCAUCGUCAGACGAGCCAUCAGAUGUCAAGAUCUAACAAACCCAAUGGUAACUACGGACGAACGAAGGGUGGAACGGAGAGCAGAAACGACUCUCCGGUUCCUAGCGACACGGCGAACAGCCAUUCGAAGAGUAACAACGCGAGCCAGUCGGUGAAGAGCGUGAGCAAGGUGAUCAGCGCCAUGAACAACACCGGGUCAGCGACGCAGCGCUCGAACAGGGUCCAGACUACUUCGAACGACCAGAACACGAAGAAUACCAGGUCCAGUGAUCAUAAAACCGAGGAAGCCAGCUCGUUUCAACCCGUCUCAACGGUGAAUCCCACCAAGACCAACGAGAUCGUGUCAGCGAGCGACUCUGCCAGGAACUCGUCGAGUACGGGGACUCAAAGGACAGCGGCGUCGAUCGCGAGUGGUUCGGUGAAGCAGGAAGACGCGAGAACGCUUUCGAGGUCCAUGAAUAGUUCGGAGAUGAAGGCUGUAGCGAACGCGACUACGGUUACCGUGAAAAGUACUUCCGUUUCCGAUCAGUCCUCGGUAGCCUCGAGGGCGAACAACGUGUCCAGCGUGGUUGGUGCGGUGAGCAACGAUUCGAAAAAUGUGAACAGCGCCGGGGUGAAAGCUCGGCCCAACAAUCACGGAAGUGGUACGUCCCUGAAAUCGUCCGCGAGGGUGUCGGUGGACUCGAUCGAGAGCGUGCGGUCCACGGACACUGGGGUGAGCGUGGACACGGUCAGAGGGGUGUCCUCGCCGAGGGAGAAGAUGGGGAUGCACGUGGUGAAGCGGGCGCAGGAGAUCGAGACGUUAAGUGGGAACGUGGUGCACCUGGAGCAGAACGGCGAGCCAGCGUGA